AUUUUGCUAUUUGAUCGCAUACUUACUCAUUGGUCUGCCGCGAUUAUCAACUUAUAUGGUAUUAUUCUUAUGCGUUACUCUACUCAUAGCCAAAGCAUUUGUCUGCACCGCUCCUAUCAUAUGCAAUUCGUUUCCAAAGCCAAUCGCAACGCUUUCACAUGCAGUUCAAGAAAAGGCUUGGAUUAGAUUAGUGAUCGCCGGUAGUAUGAUUGCCGUCUGGAUUAGUGCCCACAUUCUCACCAAUGUAUUUUAUGAAAACGAUUCUCUGUCUGAACACAAUAUGUUGCGAUCGAUAAACAAGUCUCGAUCACAACAGCCCUCAUCGCAAUCACAAUCACUAGAAAGUCCACUCAAUUAUAGCGACGAUUACUAUUACUAUCCAUUGCCUCAAUACUUGUGCUAUUUUAGUAUUUUAGGCCAAUUAGGGGUUACGGCGCUCACCAGAAUCAGUUACCUUGUUAAGAUGUUCAUUAUAUUGAGUCUAGUCAUAGGCCAGUGCUGUCUAAAUGUCUUUAAAUUAGAUAAAUUUUUUCGAUUUUACGAUUCGACGGCAUAUGAAGACAAGAGACACUUCUUGGGCCACGAGAGCUACCUCUCGAUAAUGAUUGUCACGAUUGCCGUCGCGUUAUUUAUUAUCAAUAGACAGUCUGAACUGAUGUCUCGCCGACUGUUUCUCUGGCAAAAGGAUGUCGAGGAACAGAAGGAGAAGGUGUCAGACAUGCGGCGCAAGAAUGAGGCGCUCGUCUAUAACAUACUACCGCCACACGUGGCCAUCCAUUUCCUCGGCAAACGUAAAAACGAUGAGGAAUUAUAUUCAAAGAGUUACGAGUCGGUGGGCAUACUGUUCGCAGCGAUGCCCAACUUCUCCGACUUUUACACAGAGGAGACGGUCAACAAUCAGGGCCUGGAGUGCAUCCGAUUCCUGAACGAAGUCAUAUCCGAUUACGACGCCCUCCUGGAACAGCCCCGGUUCGCCAAUAUCAUCAAAAUCAAGACCAUUUCGUCCACAUAUAUGGCGGCCAGUGGUCUGAAUUGCGACGAGUCGUCGCUGAGACCGGACGCCACCAUCCGUGACAAGUGGUUUCAUUUGGCACAACUCACUGAAUUCGCACUCACUCUCAAAGACACUCUCAAUAACAUCAAUAAAGAGAGUUUCAACAAUUUUGUCCUAAGAAUGGGCAUAAAUCACGGACCGAUCACAGCGGGAGUUAUAGGCGCCCGAAAACCACAUUAUGAUAUGUGGGGAAACUCGGUGAACGUCGCGUCCAGAAUGGAAAGUACGGGAAAAGCCGGUUGUAUUCAAGUGGUGGAAGAAACGGCUCAUAUACUGGAGGAGUUUGGGUUCACGUUUGAACAGAGAGGUUUGGUUACGGUCAAAGGGAAGGGACAGUUGAAAACAUUUUACUUAAAGUCAUCGCCGCAAAGAAAAGACUCUUAAUAUACAUAAUGAACACAAAAUACAAAAACU